AUGGAGGGGACACCGGGACCCAGUGUCACCCCCCUGGGGACAGGGGACGCGGUGACACCCGGGACCACCGUCCAUGGAGGGGACAUCGAUGGAGUGGUGACCAAUGGUGACGUCUCCAUGGAGGAGACACCGGGACCUGGUGUCACCCCCUUGCGGACAAGGGACAGGGUGACACCCGGGACCACCGUCCAUGGAGGGGACACCAACGCGGUGAUCAACGACGGUGACGUCCCCGCGGACGGGACACCAGGACCCGGUGUCACCACCAGGACAGGCGACACGGUGACACCCGGCCCUGUGGUCUAUGGAGGUGACAUCAACGCGGUGACCGGUGACGGUGACGUCCCCAUGGAGGGGACACCGGGACCCAGUGUCACCCCCUUGGGGACAGGGGACGCGGUGACACCCGGGACCACCGUCCAUGGAGGUGACAUUGAUGGAGUGAACAGUGACGGUGACGUCCCCAUGGAGGGGACACCGGGACCCAGUGUCACCCCAGGGCUUGGGGACACUGGGACCCCCGUCCCUGUGGUCUAUGGGGGUGACAUCAAUGUGGUGACUGGUGGUGACAUCUCCAUGGAGGGGACACCGGGACCUGGUGUCACCCCCAGCACAGGGGACGCGGUGACACCUGUGAACAGCAUCUAUGGAGGUGACACCAACGUGGCCAAUGACGGUGACGUCCCCGUGGAGGGGACACCGGGACCCAGUGUCACCCCAGGGACAGGCGACAGGGUGACACCCAUGACCACAGUCCACGGAGGUGACAUCAACGCGGUGAUCAACGACGGUGACGUCCCCACGGAGGGGACACCGGGACCCAGUGUCACCCCCUUGGGGACAGGGGACGCGGUGACACCCGGGACCACCGUCCAUGGAGGGGACAUCGAUGGAGUGAACAGUGACGGUGACGUCUCCAUGGAGGGGACACCGGGACCCAGUGUCACCCCAGGGACAGGGGACACCGGGACCCCCGUCCCUGUGGUCUAUGGAGGGGACAUCGAUGUGGUGACCGGUGGUGACGUCCCCGCGGAGGGGACACUCGGACCUGGUGUCACCCCCUUGGGGACAGGGGACAGGGUGUCACCUGGGACCGCUGUCCAUGGAGGUGACAUCAAUGGACUGACCAAUGAUGGUGACGUUGGUGAUGUCCCCAUGGAGGGGACACUGGGAGCUGGUGUCACCAUCAGCACAGGGGACCUGGUGACACCCGUGACCACCGUCCAUGGAGGGGACAUCAACACAGUGACCAACGAUGGUGACGUUGGUGAUGUCGCCAUGGAGAGGACACCGGGAGCUGGUGUCACCCCAGGGACAGGGGACUCGGUGACACCCGGCCCUGUGGUCCAUGGAGGGGACAUCAACGUGGUGACCGACAGUGACACCCCCACAGAGGGGACACGGGGACCCAGUGCCACCACGUCCUAUGGAGGGGACAUCAACGCGGUGACCGGUGGUGACAUCUCCGCGGAGAGGACACCGGGACCCAGUGUCACCCCCUUGGGGACAAGGGACAGGGUGACACCCGGGACCACCAUCCAUGGACAUGACAUCAAUGCAGUGGUGACCAAUGGUGACGUCCCCAUGGAGGGGACACCGGGACCCGGUGUCACCCGCGGAACAGGGGACACCGGGACCCCCGUCCCUGUGGUCUAUGGAGGGGACAUCAACGCGGUGACCGGUGGUGACGUCUCCAUGGAGGGGACACCGGGACCUGGUGUCACCCCCUUGGGGACAAGGGACAGGGUGUCACCCGGGACCACCGUCCAUGGAGGGGACAUCAACGCGGUGAUCAACGAUGGUGACGUCCCCAUGGAGAGGACACUGGGACCCAGUGUCACCCCAGGGCUUGGGGACACUGGGAUCCCUGUUCCUGUGGUCUAUGGGGGUGACAUCAACGUGGUGACCGGUGGUGACGUCUCCAUGGAGGGGACAUGGGGACCUGGUGCCACCCCCAGCACAGGCGACAGGGUGACACCCAUGACCACAGUCCACGGAGGGGACAUCAACACGGUGAUCAACGACGGUGACGUCCCCGCGGAGGGGACACCAGGACCCGGUGUCACCACCAGGACAGGCGACACGGUGACACCCGUCCCUGUGGUCUAUGGGGGUGACAUCAACGCGGUGACCGGUGACGGUGACAUCUCCAUGGAGAGGACACCGGGACCCAGUGUCACCCCCUUGGGGACAAGGGACAGGGUGUCACCCAUGACCACCGUCCAUGGAGGGGACACCAACGCGGUGACCGGUGACGAGCCCCCCGAGGCCCCCAACGGCGCCUGGUGCCUGGGGGGGGAGGGGCCCCCGGACGCCCCCCCCCAGCGGCUGCGCUGCAGGGGGAACCUGACCCACUGCGCCCUGGCCUGGGGCCCCCCCA